AUGGAGUCCUCGUCUUCCUUGCCUGCAAAUCAUAAUGUCGGAGGAGAUAACAUUGAUCGCCCGCAGCAGCCCCAGGGGGAUGGUGGUAAUCGUUCAUCCUCCUUGAAAAGCUACAUACCCGUCCGUAAGCUGGACGAAACGUCCGUUGGGACAGUGACCAAUGCUAUUACAGGCUUGUCAAAUACAAUCCAACAGAGCGUAUCUGAUCGCUUGGCAAUCCUGUUCCAGUCUCUCGCUCUAUUGGUGGCCGCCUAUGCUGUGGCCUUCCGGUAUUCGUGGGCAUUGACCUUGGUCGUUAGCUCCGCUAUACUGUUUGUGCUUGUGGGGCUCAGUAUUACUGUUCCCAUCAUUGUCAAGGCACAGCAAAUGGUGGAUCGCGCCGACGAGAAGCAAGCCGCCGUUGCAGCGGAGGUCUUCAGUGCGAUCCGUACAGUCCUGGCUCUUGGGGCAGAAGUCCCGCUGUCCCACAAAUACUCUUCCUGGGUGAAAGAGGCUCGUAAACGUGCUGCUCGAACAUGCCCAGUCACUGGAAUUCAUCUAGCACUGCUUUUCUUCGCUAUGUAUUCCAGUUAUGCCUUGGCCUUUUGGUUUGGGUUGAAGCUAUAUCGCGAGGGCCAUAUUGCAAACGUCAACACUGUCAUUGUGGUAUUUUUCUCCGUGCUAUUAGUGGUCACUGUAUUGGGAGGGAUCGCGUCUCCACUAAUGGCAAUCACCAAGGCCACAAGUGCCUCUGGCCCGUUUUUCGAUGUAAUUGAUGCAGAUCGCGUUUCGACGACAGGGCUCGGAAGCUCGGAAGCUUCCAGUCAGGAGGAUAUCUUCUUUGACUCAGUUAGCUUUGCGUAUCCAACUCGUCCGGAUACACAGGUGUUGCGGGACUUUACCGCCCACUUUCAGAGGGGAAAUACAACUGCUCUUGUAGGUCCUUCAGGCUCCGGAAAAAGUACCGUCGUAGCUCUCAUCGAGCGUUGGUAUCAACUUCGGAACACCAGCUUGUCAGAGGAGAGUCCGACGGCGCAGGGCCGAAUUCAUGUGGGUAAGCAUAAUAUCAACGACCUGGACAUAAAAUGGUGGAGGUCACAGAUCGGCUUAGUCGAGCAAGAGCCUGUUCUGUUCAAUGAAUCUGUCUAUACCAAUGUGGCCUUUGGCCUAAUAGGAACGCCAUGGGAGCACGAGCCGGAGCCCGUGAAGAUGGAUUUGGUGGUGACAGCAUGCCGCGACGCCUUUGCCAACGAGUUUAUAGACAGACUACCUCUUGGUGGCAUCACACUGAGUGGAGGACAGCGCCAACGUUUAGCAAUCGCACGAAGCAUUGUCUCUAACCCAUCAAUUCUAAUCCUGGACGAGGCAACGAGCUCAAUCGAUAUACGAGGUGAGAAAGUCGUUCAGGCGGCCCUAGAUCGGGUGUCUAGAGAUCGAACAACUAUUAUGAUUGCGCAUCGCCUUUCCACCGUCAUUCGAGCAGAUCAUAUAAUCGUGAUCAAGGAUGGCUCUAAAUCAGAGGAGGGUACGCAUCAGACAUUGAUGGAUCGUCGUGGAGUGUACUACAGCCUCGUACAUGCGCAGCAACUGGAGGUUGUGUCGAUGGAUGCUACUACAGCAAUCGAACAGCUGUCCCAUAGUCUCCCUGAGGAGACCAAACUUGAAGCUUACGCCGCUGACGGUUACGAAGUUACUGACAGCGAGGAGGUCGUCAGGAAAAAGGGAGAACGAGGUGCAAUCCGUACGCUGUGGCAUAUCAUACGCGAGCAAAAGACACACUGGCCCAUAUUUGCUCUGACCGUUAUCGGAACAAUGGGUGCUGGCUCUGCCUUUGCGUUUCAGAGCUGGCUUUUUGCAAAGCUCGUUCAGGUGUUUCAAUUCACCGGCAACAAGUUGGCUGAGGCAGCGAACUUUUGGUCCCUGAUGUUUUUUAUUCUGGCCCUCGCGAUGGGCCUAUUCUACUUCGAUGUAGGCUAUGCUUCCACAUCUUUUUCAAUGCAUAUUGCGGCAAACUACCGUCAAGACUACUUUCAGAGCAUCCUACACAAGCCCGUAUCAUAUUAUGACCAGGAAGAAAAUUCCUCCGGUACCCUCAUGGCCAGGCUAUCAACAGACCCAAAACAGCUACAAGAGUUGUUUGGCGUCAAUGGGGUUUUCCCACUUAUCUCGAUUUUCAGUCUCGUGGGAUGCGUUGCUAUCUCAUUCAGCUUCGGCUGGAAAUUAGCUGCAGUAGCUUUCUUUGCUGCCUUGCCCUUCAUCUUGCUAGCCUCGUAUUUUCGUAUUCAAUAUGAAGUACAAUUUGAGGGCAUGAAUGCAGAGGUUUACGCCGAAAGCUCUAAGUUCGCCACGGAGGCCAUUCGUGCCUUUCGAACUGUUACUGCACUCACGAUGGAAGACACCAUCCUGCAGCGAUACUCUAAUCUGUUGUGUCAACAGAGGGUCCGGGCUAUUCGCAAGGCUUGGCUUGCCACGGUCGUGGUUGCGUUCUCUGAUAGCAUAGAUCUGUGCGCUAUGGCGCUUACUUUCUGGUAUGGUGGUCAGCUUCUUGCCUCUCGUGAAUAUGAUCCAGUGGCGUUCUUCGUUGUUUACAUUGCUAUUAUCCAAGGCGGGCAGUCAGCAGGUCAGUUUCUUAGCUUCGGUCCUAAUAUGGCACAGACGACCGCAUCUGCAAGACGCAUAUUAGAGACCAGAUCUGCCUUCAAUGAGCGGGACAAUGAUCGGACCCACUUUGAACAAUUGACAGCUGGUAUCACGCCCUUCCACCAGGCUGAUGUGUGCUGCCGAGAUCUGACCUUCCAGUAUCCAUCUCGGGGUGGACCUGUCUUUACCGGCAUGAACUUCAGCAUCCGCAGUGGCCAGUACGUUGCAAUUGUUGGCCCAUCAGGCUGUGGUAAAUCAACCAUCGUCUCUCUCUUGGAGCGAUUUUACGACCCUACCAAGGGUAGCAUAGAAUUUGCAGGCCGAGAUAUCCGAUUUUACCCACUCGCUUCCUAUCGUCGAGCAUUAUCUCUCGUCUCUCAAGAGCCCAAGCUCUUCGAAGGGACUAUUCGGGAAAACCUUCUCUUGGGCCUCGAACCGGGGGACGAUGGAGAGCUUGAACCAUCGAGAGAAGCCCGGAUGAUAGAAGCGUGCAAAGAUGCUGAACUUCAUGACUUUACUACAUCUCUUCCCGAAGGCUACUCCACCUCACUGGGAAUUAAUGCGCAAUUAUCCCUCAGUGGUGGUCAAAAACAGCGGCUAUGUAUUGCGCGUGCUCUGAUACGUAGACCGCGGCUACUCCUUCUGGACGAAGCAACGUCAAGUCUCGAUUCGCAGUCUGAGAGGCUUAUACAAAAGGCCCUAGAGCGAUUGGCGGCGAGGAAAACGAUGACGAUCAUUGCAGUUGCUCAUCGACUGGCCACUAUCCAGAAGGCGGACUUGAUACUUGUCUGCGGGGAAGGAGAGCCUGGCAGGGGUUCAGUUAUUAUUGAACGCGGUACUCAUACUGAACUAUUACAGAGACAGGGCGUAUAUUGGCAGAUGUGCCAGGUUCAAUCCCUGGAUAGCCAUACGUAUUGA